AUGUGGCAGCUAACCCACGAGACUAACGUUAUCGCCCAGUCCUCGAGGGCAGCAGGGCGCACGGGGCGCACAGGGCAGCAGGGCAGCAGGGCGCACAGGGCAGCAGGGCAGCAGGGCGCGCGGGGCGCACAGGGCUGCAGGGCGCGCGGGGCGCACAGGGCAGCAGGGCGCACAGGGCUGCAAGGCAGCAGGGCGCGCGGGGCGAACAGGGCAGCAGGGCGCACAGGGCUGCAGGGCAGCAGGGCGCACAGGGCUGCAGGGCAGCAGGGCGCGCGGGGCGCGCAGGCCGCGCAGGGCAGCAGGACAGCAGGGCGCGCAGGGCUGCAGGGCGCGCGGGGCGCACAGGGCAGCAGGGCAGCAGGGCGCACAGGGCUGCAGGGCAGCAGGGCGCGCAGGGUGAACAGGGCAGCAGGGCGCACAGGGCUGCAGGGCAGCAGGGCGCACAGGGUUGCAGGGCAGCAGGGCGCGCGGGGCGCGCAGGGCUGCAGGGCGCACAGGGCGCGCAGGGCAGCAGGACAGCAGGGCGCGCGGGGCGCGCAGGGCUACAGGGCGCGCGGGGCGCACAGGGCAGCAGGGCAGCAGGGCGCACAGGGCUGCAGGGCAGCAGGGCGCGCGGGGCGAACUGGGCAGCAGGGCGCACAGGGCUGCAGGGCAGCAGGGCGCACAGGGCUGCAGGGCAGCAGGGCAGCAGGGCGCGCGGGGCGCGCAGGGCUGCAGUGCGCGCAAGGCGCGCAGGGCAGCAGGACAGCAGGGCGCGCAGGGCGCGCAGGGCUGCAGGGCGCGCGGGGCGCACAGGGCAGCAGGGCAGCAGGGGGCGCGGGGCGCAGCAGGGCUGCAGGGCGCGCAGGGCUGCAGGGCAGCAGGGCAGCAGGGCGCGCGGGGCGCAGCAGGGCUGCACGGGCGCGCGGGGCGCACAGGGCAGCAGGGCAGCAGGGCGCACAGGGCUGCAGGGCAACAGGGCGCGCGGGGCGCGCAGGGCUGCAGGGCGCGUAG